GGAGUGUGUCUGUGACAUGACAGUACCGCUGACACACUUAUGUUUAGCGUCAAGCCUGGACAAAAACAAUAAUUAGUUGGACCUCCUUUCAGGCCGCAUGGUUAGAGCAGAUGACAUACUAGGUGGGGAGAGGCAAGUUGGAGGUGUUAUGGAGCCGCCAAGCAGCCUGGAGUUGGACAGGAGUCCUAUGGCCCAGUUGGGAGCGUCCAGGAUGGAAGAGGGACAGGGGCUGGCAGAUUCUUUGAGAGUGCGGGUAGAAAGCAGCGUGUUUACUGUGGAUAGAGCUUUGCUGAGGCAGAAUUCAGAGUACUUCCGUGCUCUGUUCCGCUCUAAGAUGAGGGAGAGCCAACAGGAUGAGCUCCAUUUGCAGGGGGGUCUGAAGGCAAGAGGUUUCCUCAUUGCUCUGGCUGUCUCCAGAGGUGAACAGCCAAGUAUCAGGGACCCUGAUGAGAUUGUGGAAGCUGCAGAGUGUGCCGCCUUUCUUCAAGUGGAUGCCUUGAGCCAGUACCUCACAGACAUCCUGGACACAGAAAACUGCUUCCUUCUCUACCAUACGGCAGCCGUGUUCGGCCUGUGGAGGUUGUUCCAUAGCGCAGCCACGUUCAUACGCGAUGCUUUCCACGACCUGCAAGAGGCAGCAAACUUUCUGCCAGACGAGAUGCUUUGCUACGUGGAGUCUCUCUCACCUGCUUCUUUCAUUGCUUUAGGGACCCACUCACCUUCUAUGAAGAUUCUGCAGGAUGCCUUCAGAACAGUGUGGUUCCUAAAUGAGGAGCAGGGAACCUGGAGAUACCUCACCGACCUGCCCACUGAUGCUAGUACCUCCAUGGCUGGGGUGGCUGUGGUAGAGAACCGGCUGUAUGUGGUGGGAGGCGUGCGAGGGAUUAGCAAAGAGACAGUGGACUUCAGCUUCUGCUACGAUGUAGAAAGCAACACCUGGAGCACGUUUGAUGGGCCUCAGCAGCCCAGAUAUAACUUCAGCCUUGUAGGUCAUGAAGGACGUCUGUAUGCCUUUGGUGGUGAGUAUGACAAGAGGAUCAUAUCUUCUUCAGAAGUGUGUGACGUCUCCACCCGUGAGUGGACUACUGUGAAGCACGCGCCCCGUCCUGUAGCAGGGGCAGCGAGCGCAGUGGCACGGAGAAGGAUCUUCAUAUGUUUCUGGAAGCCUCCUGACACUACAGAUAUCUACGAAUAUGUUCCAGUCAAGGACGAAUGGAUCCUGACCACUACUAUGAUACGGCCUCAGAGUUACGGCCACUGUAUGGUGGCGCAUGGUGAAAAGCUUUAUGUGAUGAGGAACGGCCCUUGCGAUGACUUCCUGAGGUGCCUCAUGGACUGCUACAAUAUCACCACGGGUCAGUGGAUGUCCAUCCCGGGACACUAUGUCAACAGCCGGGGGGCGCUCUUCACGGCUAUGGUGAGAGGGGACUCGGUGUUCACAGUGAACCACAAUCUGACUCUGGAGUACCUGAUCUGUGGGGAUAAGUGGAAACCCCAAAGGCAGAUGAAAGGUUUCCCAAAGCAUGGAUCACUCUGGACCUGCAUGCUCAGGUUACCCAAGAUUAUAGAUACAGAAGAAAUAAACAGUACAGAUGAAUCACUGGAGACUGAUACUGAUGAUCAAAAUGAAGAAGAGAAUGUGGAAAUUAACAAAGCACCGUAAAGUAAUUAGCUCUUGAUAAAACCUCUGCAUACGCACAAUACAGUUUGUUACUGGUUAAAAUACUAUUGACUUCCAAGGUACAGCAAAAAAUUGCAAUAUGUAAAUAAGCAAUGUGCUUUUGA